AUGGCCCGCACCAAGCAGACCGCCCGUAAGUCCACUGGUGGCAAGGCUCCUCGUAAGCAGCUUGCCUCCAAGGCUGCCCGCAAGUCCGCCCCAUCGACCGGCGGUGUGAAGAAGCCUCACCGCUACAAGCCUGGUACCGUCGCUCUCCGUGAGAUCCGUCGCUACCAGAAGUCCACGGAGCUUCUGAUCCGCAAGUUGCCUUUCCAGCGUCUUGUUCGUGAGAUCGCUCAGGACUUCAAGUCGGAUCUCCGCUUCCAGUCUUCUGCCAUCGGCGCUCUCCAGGAGUCCGUUGAGGCCUACCUCGUCUCCCUCUUUGAGGACACCAACUUGUGCGCCAUCCACGCCAAGCGUGUCACCAUCCAGUCCAAGGACAUCCAACUCGCCCGUCGUCUCCGCGGUGAGCGUGGUUAAACAUGCUGCUCUUCAACUUCUC